CGUAAAUUAUCCAAGUCGCAUUCGGAGGUGCAGCAAGAGCGUGCGCGUAUUCCCGGGUGUGACGCGAGAAACAGGCAAUCAAACGGCGGCAGCUUGCGAAAGUGCGGUAUUCGGGCGCUGGUGAGGCCGCCUCUAAGGCUCAGAAGCAGAGGGAUAUUGGAUUCGCGUGUAUGUGAAGCUGUGCGACGGAACCGGUGGCGAUGGGUGUGGAAUUUGUGGCCGAGAGGGGCAGUCUGGUGACGCUGGCCGUACCGGCGAUCAUUUUUAUGACCCUGGUCCUGGUCGCCAGUGCGUUGUUCCAUUUUUGGAUGACUUCGCGGCGGUACGUUCAGCUGGGGAACAAAAUUCCCGGUCCGAAAGCUUAUCCGUUUAUCGGAAAUGCCAACAUGCUGCUGGGGAUGAGCCACAACGAGAUCAUGGAGCGGGCGAUGGAGUUGAGCUAUCUCUAUGGGAGUGUGGCCCGGGGUUGGCUCGGGUACCAUUUGGUUGUGUUCUUAACCGAGCCGAAGGAUAUUGAGGUCAUCUUGAACAGCUAUGUGCACUUGACCAAGUCCAGCGAGUACAGAUUCUUCAAACCGUGGCUUGGGGAUGGACUGUUGAUCAGCAGUGGGGAAAAGUGGCGAUCGCAUCGGAAACUGAUCGCUCCGGCGUUCCACAUGAACGUCCUGAAGACGUUCGUGGAUGUGUUCAAUGACAAUAGUUUGGCCGUUGUGAAUCGAAUGCGGAAGGAAGUGGGCAAAGAAUUUGAUGUGCAUGACUACAUGAGUGAAGUGACGGUGGAUAUUCUGCUAGAGACGGCUAUGGGGUCCAAGAGAACUAGUGAGAGUAAGGAAGGCUUCGACUACGCUAUGGCUGUGAUGAAAAUGUGCGACAUCCUACACACUCGUCAAUUGAAUUUCCACCUUCGGUUGGAUUCCGUUUUCAACUUUACUAAAAUCAAGACGGAACAAGAGCGCUUGCUUGGCAUCAUCCACGGUCUCACGAGAAAGGUCGUCAAGGAGAAAAAAGAACUCUUUGAGAAGAACUAUGCUGAGGGGACUUUGCCUUCACCGUCCUUUUCGGAGAUCGUCGCUAAGGAGGAAUCCAAAACAGAGGAACCUCUCCCAGUCAUAUCCCAGGGUUCGCUCCUCAGAGACGAUCUGGACUACAACGACGAAAACGACAUUGGCGAGAAGCGACGGCUGGCUUUCCUGGACCUGAUGAUAGAAACCGCCAAAAGUGGAGCAGAUCUGACCGAUGAGGAAAUCAAAGAGGAAGUCGACACAAUUAUGUUCGAAGGGCACGACACUACGGCUGCCGGAUCCAGCUUUGUACUGUGCCUCCUGGGCAUCCACCAGGACAUUCAAGAUCGGGUGUACAAGGAAAUUCAUCAAAUAUUUGGCAACUCCAAUCGGAAGGCCACUUUCAACGACACCUUGGAGAUGAAAUACCUGGAGAGGGUGAUAUUCGAAACGUUGAGAAUGUAUCCACCUGUUCCCGCGAUCGCCCGUAAAGUGACAGAAGACGUCAAAUUAGCUUCGAAUAACUACUUGGUCCCAGCGGGGACGACUGUCGUCAUCGGCACUUACAAAGUGCAUCGUCGAGCUGACAUCUACCCCAACCCCGAUCAGUUCAACCCGGACAACUUCCUACCGGAUCGCACCCAGAAUCGCCACUACUACAGCUACAUUCCAUUCAGUGCCGGACCGCGGAGCUGCGUCGGUAGAAAAUAUGCAAUGCUGAAACUGAAGGUGCUCCUAUCGACGAUCCUGCGCAACUACAGGAUCGUGUCUAAUCUGAAGGAGUCGGACUUCAAGCUGCAGGGAGACAUUAUCCUGAAGCGAACCGAUGGCUUCAGAAUACAGCUGGAGCCCCGAGUCUAAUCAAUUAUGAAUGACCACGAAACAAACCCAGCGACAGAGAAUGAGCCCGGAGGCUGACUGAUAAGAUGUCGCGACACUGCUGAUGGACACCGAAUGACGUUGGACAGAUAACUACUUAGAUGAUGUUGCAUGGCGCUUUAUGAUGCUGUUAAUUGAAUUGUUCGGUUCCCGAUUGAUAGGUCGAACCGCUUGUUUUGAGCCUUUUUCGCUUACGUGCUUUUUUACCCCUUGCCUCGCCCGCUUUUGCCACGAGUUGUUAUUUAUUUGCUGCUUCGCUUUCGCUUUCCUAUUCUUCACACGAGCAUAAAUGAGAGAUAAUAAAACCUUCUCCGCAUA